AUGUUAUGCAUUAUUGUGAGCCACUUCGACUCACUCGGCUUAAUUUCGCCCAUCAUCCAGCGUGCAAAAUGGAUGAUUCAAAAAUUGUGGAAAUUGAAUUUGGAUUGGGAUGUUCCUGUUCCAAAAGAUGUCGAAAGCGAGUGGAAAGAACUAGAAAAAGAUUUAAAAAACAUCUCAGAAAUAUCGGUAAGCAGGUUUAUCGGCAUUAAAAAUAGUUUAGGAAAUGAAGCGGUGGUCACAGAACUCCAUUGCUUCUAUGAUUCAUCGGCGACAGCGUACGCAGCGUGUGUCUACGUGCGAGUGGAACAGAACAGAGAAAUUACGACGAAUUUAUCAUUCACGAAAACUCGAUUAGCACCAAUAAAGACUCUUACGGUUCCGCGUUUAGAACUGAUGGCGGCCUUAAUUGGAGUUCGAAUUCCGAAAUUCGUCGAAAAAGAAUUAAAGAUCAAAAUCGUUAAAAAAUAUAUUUGGUGCGACUCAAAAUGCGUACUAUAUUGGAUCGCAAACAAACGUUUAAAGUCAGCAUUUGUCGAAAAUCGAUUAAAAGAAAUUCGACUUUGCGAGAAUACAGAAUUUCGUUAUGUCUCAAUGACGGAAAAUCCGGCUGAUUUACCGACGCGUGGUAUGUCAACUCUGGGGCUGAAAACAUCGAAUUUGUCGUGGAAUGGUCCAGAGUGGUUACAUCAAGGAAAAGAUCAGUGGCCGGACAAAUUGGUAUCGUCCGCCGACGAAAUUAAAUUCGAAGAGAUUGAAAACAGAAAAACGGCAACACUGACAAUGGUUACGGUCGCGGACAAUUGCACUUUUGGAUCGAUCAUCAAAAAAUAUUCAACCUUAACAAAAUCAUUGCGAGUGAUAGCUUACACCCUUCGAGCAAAAAAGAUCUUCGAAAAAAUCGACACUAGAAAAGGAACUUUGUCGGUCGAAGAAUUAAACGACGCUCAAAAAUUAUUGGACAAGUUGGUUCAAGGAAAAUAUUACAGCGAAGAAAAGAGAUUGAUUAACCAGGGUCAGUCGAACGGUUUAAUCAAGCAUUUACGAUUAUUCAUCGACGAUGAAGGGUUGAUACGAUGUAACGGACGUUUAAAAAACCCGGAAUUAUCGGAAGGGGCAAAAACGCCGAUUUUGCUCCCUAAAAGAGAUCGGUACGUAGAAUUGAUUAUUGAAAAUAUUCAUAAAAAAUUAUUGCAUUCGGGUUCGAGACAUAUUUUAUCCGAAUUGCGUCAAAAUUAUUGGUUACCGACGGGCCGUCGAAUUAUUGAAUCGAUAAUAAAAAAAUGUUGGGCAUGCAAAAAAUGGGAAGGUGGUCCGUUUCAACCGCCGGUUCCGCCAGCACUGCCGAAAGAACGUUUACUGGAAGCGCCGGCAUUCACCUUUUCGUCGAUUCAUGGCUCGACGUGGGAAACCGAAGGUUAUUAUAAUGGAAAACAAUUUCGUUUGGCAAAUACAACGUUUCUAAAAUUUGGUCGAACCUAUUAUUUGAUUCAUCGAUUCAAAAUUACAUUGCAAAUGAAGGAAUUAUUUGGAAAUUUAUUGUCCAAUUGGCGCCGUGGAUGGGUGGCUUCUACGAAACGGCUGGUCGGAUUAGUGAAAAGAAAUUUAAGGAAAACAAUAGACAGUCAUCUUCUUACAUAUCGACAGUUGGAAACGGUGGUCAUCGAAGUCGAAUCGGUCAUCAAUUCGAGACCGCUCGGAUUUGUUGGCUCGACAUUGGAUGAUGGAAUUACAUUAACACCAGCAUUAUUUCUGGGUAUCGAUCAUCGCACUGGGUUUCCAGAAAUCGAUAUUGACAAGGACGAUGCAGAUUUUAAAUUAAAAGAAGAUUCGUCAGAAACAUUACUCAAAAAACUCAAGAAAGAUCAGAAAGUAUUAGAUAUUUUUUGGAAAACAUUUCGAGAUGAUUAUCUACUUAGUCUUCGAGAAAGAAAAAAUGAAAACAAAAUUCGAGGUGCAGCUUGCGAUGUACCCCAAGUUGCGAAAAAAUGA